CCAACUGUCAAAGUACUGAGCUCUGACUCAUGUAGGUGUGUGUGUUCUAGUAUUUAAAGAACACACACACACACCUCAGCUCUCCUUGGAGAUUGUGUGUGCGUGAAGGUCACAUGGCACUGGUGUCUGAGUUCCUGAGUCAGCUGACGCUGUCGCACAGCGGGGAGAGGGAGCCCCUCUACCCCACCGUGGUCCCGGUCAGAGACUUUGACCCGGCCAGAGACGCCGCACGCUUGGAGGCGGCUCUCAAAGUCAAAGGAGUGGACGAGCAAACCGUCAUCGAUAUCCUGACCAGGAGAACCUACGAGCAGCGGCGGGAGAUUGCUUUCGAUUAUGAGCGAAUUGCCAAAAAGGACCUCACCGUGGCCCUUAAAGGGGCGCUUUCGGGUUCUCUGGAGGCGCUGAUGCUGGGCCUGAUGAAGAGCCCCACCCAGUACGACGCCUCCAUGCUCAACGGCGCCAUGAAGGGUCUGGGAACCGACGAGGAGACUCUCAACGAGAUCGUCUGCUCCAGAAACAACGAGGAACUCGCCCAGAUCAAAGCAGUUUACAGAGAAAUGUUUAAGAAAGAUCUAGAAAAAGACGUGGCAGGAGACACUUCGGGAGACUUUGCCAAGCUGCUAUUGGCUCUCAUUCAGAACAAACGAGAUGAACCCUCCAACGUGGUGGAAUAUCAGCAGAUUGACGACGAUGCCAGAAGUCUCUAUGAAGCUGGCGUGAAGCGCAAAGGAACUGACGUGUCCGUCUGGAUCGCCAUCAUGACCCAGAGGAGCGUCCCACACCUGCAGAGAGUGUUUGAGCGCUACAUGAGCUACAGUCCGUACGACAUGAAGGAGAGCAUCAUGAAGGAAGUCAAGGGCGACCUGGAGAAGUCCUUCCUGACACUCGUGGAGUGUGUGGAGAACAAGCAGCUGUACUUCGCCAACAGACUCAACGAGGCCAUGAAGACUAAAGGUGCCAAGGAGAAAGUGCUGACUCGCAUCAUGGUGUCUCGCUGCGAAGUGGACCUGAUGAAGAUCAGAAAUCAGUUCAAGAAGCAACACAAACGCUCUCUGUACCAAACCAUCGUUGAGCACACCAAGGGAGACUACCAGAUGGCUCUGCUGUCUCUGUGCGGAGGAGACGACUGAACGUUUUCCCGCCAGACCUCACAAGCUGCCCAUUAGGUCAUUACCCACAAUGCCUCUGUGCCUCAUCACGUCUUUAUGACGUCAUUACCCACAAUAUCUAUAUCGUGCUUAUCGAGCAGCUUCUUUCAAUAAAACUAAGAAUGUUU